GCAAAGAAAGGUCGAGAUGACGGCGCCGUGCCGGAUUAAACGGCAGCGAAGCUGAGACGGCGAAAAUGAACCACGUUGAGCCCCCCGCCAUUUCCAAUGCCGUUCCCUUUCUCGUUUCCCCCCUGAAACCCUCCCCCAUGGCCUUCCCUUCUCUUCUCCUCCUCCUCUCCGCCGCCUUCUUGAUCGCCGGUGGUAGUACCACCUUCCGGCUCGAUAUCCACCACCGGUUCUCCGCCACGGUCCGGCGAUGGGUUGAGUCGCGGUCGGGCACCGAGUUGGGAUGGCCGGAGAAAGGCACAGUGGAGUACUUAGCUUCGCUCGCUGCUCAAGAUCGUGCUCUCCGCGGCCGCGCUCUCUCCAACGCACCGCCUCCGCUCACCUUCUCUGAAGGCAACGCUACCAUCCGGAUCAACUCUCUUGGAUUCUUGCAUUAUGCGAUGGUGUCGGUGGGAACGCCGAGCGUGACGUUUCUGGUCGCCCUGGACACUGGUAGUGAUCUCUUCUGGGUUCCGUGUGAUUGCCUGAGCUGCGCUCUCAGUGCGUCUCUCAAUUACAGGCCUGACUUUGAAUUCAGCAUGUAUAGUCCCAAUAUGUCGCUGACAAGUCAGAGAGUUCCUUGCAACAGUAACUUGUGUGAACUGCAAAGGGAGUGUUCUGGAGCAGCCAACCUUUGUCCUUACAAAGUUGCAUAUGUAUCUGCAGACACAUCUUCUUCUGGAACUUUAGUUGAAGAUGUCUUGUACUUGAUGACAGAGGAUGCUCGAUCUGAAGUUGUUGAAGCAAAGAUAAUCUUUGGUUGCGGACAGGUGCAGACUGGUUCAUUUCUGGAUGUUGCGGCUCCCAAUGGCUUAUUUGGUCUUGGAAUGGAAAAAGUUUCUGUUCCUAGCAUUUUGGCUAGUGCUGGCUUGACAUCAGAUUCUUUCUCUAUUUGUUUUGGACGUGACGGUGUUGGGAGAAUCAGUUUUGGAGACAGAGGUAGCUCAGACCAAAAUGAGACUCCAUUCAGUGUUAACAAAGUACACCCCACAUACAACAUCAGCAUAAUUGGAAUGGGUGUAGGGAAUACAACCACUAAGGCAGAUUUUAGUGCUCUUGUUGAUACUGGUACCUCAUUCACAUACUUUGCAGAUCCAGCAUAUGGCCAACUCUCUCAAACUUUCCAUGCUCAGGUGCAAGAUAAACGUUAUGCACCUGAUCCUAGGAUUCCUUUCGAGUAUUGUUACUAUAUGAGUUCAAAUAGUACUGUUGCACCGGAUGUAAGCUUAACAACAAGUGGUGGCGAUCAGUUUCCUGUCAAUGAUCCCAUAAUUGUCAUCUCUAUUCAACAGAAUGAAUUUGUGUAUUGUUUCGCUGUGGUCAAGAGUAACAAACUAAACAUUAUAGGGCAAAACUUCUUGACUGGCCUUCGCAUUGUCUUUGAUCGAGAGAGGUUGAUCUUGGGCUGGAAGCAGUUCAACUGCUACGAUUCAGAUGAUUCCAGUCCGCUUCCGGUAGGCCCACGGAACUCAUCUAGAUCUCCUGGUGCCUUCGGGCAAGGUAGCUACACUCCUGAGGCUACCAAGGAGCCAGGGAGCGGUACACAAAUCACAGUGUUGACGCCCCCGGUUAAUUGUUCAUCAAGUUUCAAUGCCUUGUCCAUUAUUGUUUUGUUGUUGAUGCUCAUGCAUUUAGUCAUUCUUUGAUCAUUCAUUGCCCUGGUUUCCCACAGAUCCAUAUGAAGAUAUAUCAACCAUGUUUUGUGAUGAAAAAGAAAAAGUGCUGAUUAGGGUUUGAUUAGGGUAGGAUACAUUUUGCAGAGGUAUAUUUCUGGCAUUUCAUGUGUGUUUUUUUUUUUGCCCUGAAAGCCAGAUAUUGAGUUGUAGAUAUGGCUCAGAUAAGUUUAUUGGUUUGUCAGGUUUACGAGGUCAGUGUUGUAUACACACUAUCAUCUUUUAAUGAAUUCGGCAUAGUGUUUUGUGUGAA